AUCAUCAUCACGCUGAGUAUACUGGCAAUAGCAGUGUGCCUAGGCGUGCUCAUCGUCGCAACGGCAGUUGGCAACGCACUUGUCUGCCUCUCCGUCUGCCUCGUGCGCCGCCUACGGCACCCCUCCAAUCACCUUCUCGUUUCGCUAGCAGCAUCUGAUCUGUGCGUGGCACUGUUGGUCAUGCCACCAGCCCUGCACCUGGAACUUACGGGUCACCGGUGGGACCUCGGUCGUGCCGCCUGCGAUGCCUGGGUGUCUGUAGACGUGGCGUCCUGCACUGCGUCCAUCCUGAACUUGUGCAUGAUAUCUGUAGACCGCUAUCUAGCAAUAACUAGGCCGUUGACAUAUGGAGUGCGAAGAACUGCACGAAGAGCGUGGGCAUGUAUCGGUGCGGUCUGGCUUCUGGCAGCUCUCAUCAGUGUACCACCUCUUCUCGUUCUGGGAAACGAGCAUGGGACACCCACUAUGCCCACAUGCCUCGUCUGUCAGCACUUGGCAUACCAGCUCUAUGCGACGCUGGGAGCAUUUUACAUACCCCUCGUUGUCAUGCUCUCCAUGUACUGGAGGAUUCACACUGCUGCCAAGAAAGUCGUCGAAGCAGAACAUAAAGCGAGGCCUGGUCCCCGCACCAGGAGUCUAAGGGUCGCCGUAAGAGAGCGCAAAGCCUCUAUAACAUUAGGAAUAAUCCUGACCGCCUUCACAGUCUGUUGGUUGCCUUUUUUCGCUUUGGCGUUGGUUAGGCCCCUCGGAGGAAAGCCGCUUCCUGAGCUGGCCCACAGCCUGGCUCUCUGGCUUGGUUAUACUAACUCAGCACUGAAUCCUGUCAUCUACGUGACAUUUCAUCACGACUUCCGUCGAGCAUUUCGUGACCUGUUGUGCUUGCGCUGUGGCAGGCGAGGAAUUAAUAAUGGUGCAAUUGUCGGUGGAAGUUAUGGACCAAGACGACUUGUUAGCACUGGGGAAAACUUAAGUCAACGUAUUCAGGUUUGUGCUGCGGAAAUAGCUUCCAAGAGAUAUUCAAGCAUCGUUUUCACCCGUGCUUCAGGUUGCCUUGGAACGCAUCGCCCUCCGCCACUGCUCAUUCUCUUCCUCCCGUACCUGUUCUUGGACGACACGGGCCCACCCGAACUCUGUGCUUGCCUUCACGGGUUUCACGAAGAAACCAAACUUUCGGCGCAGGGUGUACAUCCGCGCAGUCCAAUGUGUCGUUAUUCCAGUCAGGCUGGUGUAUCGGAACAAGCGUCUUGCCCACCUGUUGUCAUUCAUGAGAUGCAGGCGGCCCUCGUAGGCUAUCUUGCUCCUGGCUUCUCGGGCCUCAUACAAAGACCAUGCAACGUCGCCUUGAAUGGCCUCUAUAGCAACUCGUCCGUGGCAUCCCAAGGCAAGUCGACCAACCUCCCGCUGCCCUCGUUCCAGCCACUGUCUGGUUCCUGGUUGGAAGGUUAG